GCGACAUUAACGGCCCCGGUUUAACUCCGUAGCGGUGAGACGCGUCCUCGCCUGGACACAGGUGUAAAUAAAAGCCCGAAGCAAAGCGCGUGUUUCACUUCGUGAGAACGGCGUGUUCUCUUUAUUAUGAAACUCUCCAGUCACAAGAAUCCGUGGGACGUUUUUUUCCAGAACAAGGAGGAUCCUAAACUUUACGGUGCAGGGUUUGAAAACAGCUGAGCGCAUCGGUCCCGGAGCACAGGAACCGAUCAGCCGGAACCCGACGGAGUAUUUAACAGGCUGUAACCAGUACUGGCGUCGUGGUAACUAGUUAACAGCUGGUAACUAGUGAAAAUUGGACGAGGGCGGGCGGAGUUAGCCUGACGCUAGCCGUUAUGGAUCGGUACCAGAACCUGGACCUGGACUUGGAGUGCGAUGGAGAAAGAGGAGCUCAAAAACCUGUGUUAUUCAGAGGGAUGUUUAAGAAGUCCUCUAAGUCUGGAGAAAAAUCUGUAAAUGUAGAGGAAAGUUUAUCUACAGACAGUGAUCUUUCAAAAAGUGACGCAAGUGUGACCGAUAGCAACGACACAAAGAGCAAAGGAGGAUUACUUAAAGGGAUGUUUAAGAAGACGACCAAACAUCCCAAAGAGGAUCAGCCACAGGCCAAUCUCUUGUCACAGAAUUCCAAACUAUCUGCCAGCAGCGACAGCUUAAGCAGCAGCAGCAGCAAGUUGGCAAAUGAUAAUUUGUCUGAACCCAGCGAGCUCUCUUCUAGCCAUGGCAGCACUGAUGUGUUUAUGCAGAGUCAAAUGGAUGAUAAAGAUCUUAAAGAUGAGGAAUCUACUGAAGCCAGAGAAGAUGGGAUAAAAUCUACAGUGAAAAAAAAAACGGCUGUGUCUGAUGACAGACGAGCCAAAGAACAAGAACAGUCUUCAUCCAAAGAUGAGAAGAAAGAGGAAAAAACAGAGAAGGUAAAAGUCAUGAAGCCGAAGAAACAAAAUCCUUUUAUGCCUCAAGUCAAGGCUAAAUUAAUCCAGCGCAGCGCCCAGGCUGAACCCGCGGGCAACAAAGCAGAGAAUGAAGGUGGGAGCAGGUCCUUGCUUGAACAGCUGGAUGACCUCCACGUGGAGCCAACAAAACCUGAAGACAGUCAGGAUGUAGAUCUCAUGGAGUGGUGGAACACGGUGGAGUCGUGGGAAGACACGCCUAAAGGCGAUGACAUGACAGAGAAAGAAGAGGCCAAAGCUUUUGCUGUGACCGCUGAUAAGGUGCAGAAAGGCAUCCGAGUCUUCAACAAGCUGUUCUCAGAGCGCGCUGAAAGCCUGUGGCAACACGUCAUGGACCUCAACGGUAUCGCGGAUGGAUUAGACAAGUUCAACAAGAACACAAAGAUUGCUCAAAUCACUGGGGGCUCCACCAGCGCCAUUGGGGGAAUAGCCACCAUCGCAGGCCUUGCUCUGGCCCCUUUUACCAUGGGAACCUCCCUGAUAGUGACGGCAGUGGGGCUUGGCGUGGCUACUGCCGGCGGCCUGACAUCCGCAGGUGCUGGCAUCUCCAAUCAGGUCAACAACUCUAUGGACCGCAAGAAGGUGGAGAAGAUCGUGGAGGACUACCAGGAGAAGAUCCUGGACCUCAACAAGUGCCUGAAAUUCAUUCAGCAGGGCAUUGAAAACCUGCGCAAGUUUGACUUGAUCAAGAUGAAAAAACACGCGUAUAAUCAGGACUUCCCCGUGAUUACCAGCAAUUUGUAUGAGGACGGUGCCAUGGCAGGAAAAGCCAUCUUAAGCAAUGCCAACGAGAUCAUGCGCGUGGUGCAGAUUGCCCAUGUGGCCGGCAGCACGGCAGCCAGGGCCGUCCAGGUCGCCAGCAUGGCCACAGGAGUGCUGACCGGACUCUUUAUAGGCAUGGACAUCUACUUUGUGGCCAAAGACUCCAAGGAACUAAAGAAAGGGGCUAAAUCUGAGUUUGCUGCCAAAAUUAGAGAGGUGGCCACACAGCUGCAUGAUGGUCUGGUGGAACUGAACGGAAUACGAAUGGAGCUGCAGUCCGGCUCGCCAAGAAACGAAGGAGAAAACGAUAAAGCUGCUUUGGACAGAGAAAGGCAAGACGAUGAUGAUGAAAUUGACCGCAUCAAAAAAGCCUUUAAGAAGGACAUUGAGAACCGGGCAUAUGUUUGAUCAAAUCUCUAAUGUAAGAGAAUUAAUGGGAUCAUGACAAAGCACCAACUCACCACAGUUUAUAUUUUUAAUACAUGUAAAACUUGUGUUUUAAGGAAGUAACUUCCUAAAAUUAGACUGAUGUAACUUACACUACUGACAGGAACUAAGGUUUUUGAGGUAUGAAGUCUCGUAACUGCUUCUCUGAUAGUUGAGCAAGCAUUGUUACACUGGAAGGUUAUUGUAAGUAAGUAUUUGUAUAUUGUAAGUAUUUAAAUGUAAAGUUUAAAUGAAUUAAAUAAACAGGUGCAGUAAUUAUUAUGAGCCAAAGAUCAUUAGAUCCAUUAAAGACAGUAAUGAAGUUUGUUGUUUAAGCUGCUAUUAGGUAGGUAGGUAUUAGGUACAGUAACAAAAUGACAGUGGAUGAAUGUAGUGGAGGUAAACUUGUCUGAACAUGCAUGACAUACAUGUCUGAAAUGACUGGAAAAACACAUGACUGAGACAACUAGUCUACAGAACAGCUGCCCUUCGUUGGUUGAGUCAAGCUCGAUUUCUUUAUACUGCAUUGUUUUAACUUGUGCCCUGGUAGGAGUUUAUUAUCAUGUUGUUUAUUAUUUGUUAUACCGUAGAACGCAUAUACUGUAGAAUGUGUAAUAAAUGUAAAAAGUCUUCUACACUUCUUACAACAAGAGUUGGUGUUUGCUCAGUUAAUACCCAAGAUAAACUUGAUCAAAUUGCCCUUUGCACAGUCCACUGUUGGUUUCAGAUUUCCAUGAUUAAUAUGCAGCAGGUGGAUAUUGCUCCCACGUUUCUGACAUUUAAAGUUUUUUAAUCCAUGAGUUUUAUUUCUUAUCAACUGCAUUAAAAUGGUCAAAAAUCUAAAAAACAGUAAAACAUGAGUUAGUAGCAUCACAAGA